AUGAACUAUCUUUUGUUAUUUCUGUACAUUUACUAAAGUUCGAUGCUUUCGAUAUUUACUUAGAUUAUGCCCAUUUUACUGGCGGAACACGGAUUCAAUUAUGAGUAGUAAGGCCUCUUCUCCUUGGUAGCCUAUCCAUUUUUCUUCAAGAUCAUAUUUGCCCCCAUCAUCGACUUGUUUCACAUUAGGUCCUUGGGGAGAAGAAGGAGUUACAUCCUGCCAUGCACAAUAUUGAUGUCCUUCAAUUUGUUUUGGUAGUCUAGUCUGGAUAUUCAACAAAACUACCUCCUUUUUUGUCUGAUAGGCUUAUUCAAUGCCACAUUUUUGGGGAUGCAAGACAUCGCCAUAGAUGGGUUCGCUGCAGACCUAUGCAAAAAGUCCAACGAGAGUUCGGCUCACAUUUUGAACAUGGGUUACACUAUAGGUAGUUCCUUUUUGUCCAAUUUCAUUUUUCAUUCUCUAAACAAAUAUCAACUUUGCUCCCUGUCUACCUAUUUGAAAAUGAUGUCUGUGUUUGGGUUAUUGAUGGCAGUGUAUCUUUUUUUAAAGGUCAAGGAGGAGCCAAACUCAUAAUAAAUCAAAAAACUCACUGGAUUCAGGCAAGUCAUCAGAGGAAUAUUCGGCAAUGAGAAUUUGAUUACUCUUUCUUUUCUCCUAUUCUUUGACAGAUACGGUGUGGCUCCAAUCGAAUCCACAUUCAGAAUCAAAUUGACAGAGUUGAAAUUCAACAAGGCCUACGUCUCAUUUAUGGAUACAGCCAUCCUCCCUUUGAAAAUAGCCGUUGGAUUUGUGUAUCACAAAUAUUUCAGUAAAUACAACUUCGAAUACUAUGGGUAUGUUCAAGGACUCAGAUUAAUAUCUUGUCUCUUUGCAACCUUGACAGUUUUUCUGGUUGACGUGGUCAAAGUAAACGAUACCAUAAGCUACGUUGCAUUGUUCAUAGCAAGCACAACAUGGUGGAUAGUCUUCAAUUUGACUUUCAUCGUUAGAGGCAAUUUUUAAAUGAAGAUAAUAACUCCAGGAUAUGAAGCCACAACUUUGGCUUUGAUGAACAGUCUGGGAUCCUUGGGAGGUAAGACUGGGUUCUCUUUGUGUAUGUUUUUGACGGAGUAUGUAAAUUAUUAUUGUUUUGCUUGCUUUGCCUUGGUUGCCCAAUUGCUAUUCACUCUCAAAUCCAUCAAGUUAUAUAAAAGGCUCUAUCAUGUUCCUUAGGAGAAGUAUAGUAUAAUUAGAUAGAACUUGAAAUCAGAAUGA